AUGUGGUUUGGUGCUCUGCAAACACAACCACGUAAGUGGAAGCAUUUGACUCAGUGUAACUUGUUCUCAUGGAGCGCAUUGAACUUAUGCUUUUUGAGGGGAUCAAAUUUUUCUAAUCGGGAUCCAAUUGAUAAUGAAGACAUGAAUGUUUUAGGACACUGCGGUCCCCAUUCUCACAAUCUUAGGAAUCUGGAGCUGAUUUAUGUGAUUUUGGUGUUAAGUUUUGUCUGGUCUACCUCCAAUUCCCACUUCACAAACCCAUCAACAAUUGAAGGACAGAAAGUUGUUAGGUCAGUUGCUUCUUUUGCAUGUGCCUCCUACUGUGAAUACGGUGGUUGUUAUGUUGUGCUGGCAGCAUCAUUACCACAGUUAGGAAUUUUAAGGAAAAUCAUUUUCGUAGACAGUACUGAAACAGUUAAUGUUCGAGAUUUAAAGUGGAGCAAUGAUUCAUACAUAGUCCUUGAUGUUGAAUAA